AUGUGCAUUGCUCUGAUCUCCACGGCACAUCCCUCUUACCCCUUGAUUGUCAUUAAUAACCGAGAUGAAUAUCUCCGCCGCCCGACAGCCCAUGUCAACUGGUGGCAAGAGCCCAAUUCCCAUGUCCUGGGCUCGCGGGAUCUUGCCCGCCCCGACCAGGGCACAUGGAUGGGAGUCACCAAGCAAGGACGCAUCGCCGUGCUGACCAACUACCGCGAGAACGCGCCGAUAGGGACGUGCAGCCGCGGCGCCAUCGUCAACGGGUUUCUGACCAUGCCGCCGCAGAGCGAGAAGAGCACGCGGCAAUUCGUCGUGGACAUGAUCGAGAGCAACAUGGCCAAGAAGGCGGGCGGAUUCAGCCUCGUCUGCGGGAAGAUCAACGAGCCCCUGGCCAUUGUGUCGAACCGCAUGUCGCACGUCGACGGCAUCACCUGGAUCGCCAAGGAGAAGGGGGAGACGGUUGGGCUGAGCAACACCGUCUUUGGCGAUCGGUCGUGGCCCAAGAUCACCGAAGGCGAGCGCUUGAUGGAUGCCGCCAUCAAGGCGCACGUCGAGUCGGGCGAAGGCGAGGACGCCCUCAUCCGCCGGCUGCUCGACGUCCUCAGCACCGACACCCUCCCGCCCUCGGCCGCCAAGGCACCCAAGGAGGUGUACGAACCUCUGUUGAAAAACUCCAUCUUCAUCCCCGUCAUCGGAGACGGAGAGGAAAACGCGACCGAAAUCCCCACCACCACGAAUGGAGGACAGCAGUCAGAACUAAUGGCGUAUAUGCACGGCCUGUACGGCACGCAGAAGCAGACCGUCCUGUUGGUCAGCCACGACGGGCGAGUCAAGUACUUUGAGCGCACGCUCUACGAUCACAAUGCGAAGGCAAUCCCUAUCGGGAAGGGGGAUCGGGUGUUUGAGUUUACGAUAGAGCAAUAA